CUUUUACCUCAUUCGUCCAGUAGUUAAAGAUACACUACUGACUAAGUUUCGCAGUAGUUGUAAAGCAGGCAGCAUUAUCCUCUCGUAGGUCUAGUUGUCAUUUGUUUCUGGCGAAAAAAAGGAAGUCGUGGGUCGUAGCCACUUAUUGCACGAAAACUUACCAAAUCUGUAAGUAGCAAAGAAGCAUAGCAGUAGGAGUUAGUAGCAGUAGUAGCACAAGCACUUUUGAAGAGCAACAAACUUACUCCCCCAAUCUACCCUACACAACCCCAACAACAGAAAUCACAGCACAACACCCCUUCGACGUCCAGUAGGAAAGUCGCGAAUAGAAUUUCUUGGCGAUAAAACCACGGUUUCGGGAUCAUAAGUAUCUAUUUUCCCGCGCAACAACAAGAUCGCCGAAGAACAAGUGCAACAACUCCUAAGAAGUUUCCUGCGUCACAGUUGCACGAUAUAUUUUCUACUUUUCUACCAAGACGUCCAGACACCGCACUAUAAGCUAUCAGUGAACUUUAAAAAAAUUGUUGUCCCAAUUUCUUGUUACAGCAUCAGAACAACAACAGAACUAGACUUUAUACCACUGUCUUUAUUUUCAACAAACAACUUCAUUACCAAAAUCUCCACGACAAUCAAGAGCUGCUUCAGAACUAGUGCACAAGAGCCUUGACUGAAGUAGUCGUGUCUUAGUCUUUAUUUCUGUAUAAUUCUAAAUUUACCGAAGAAGAAAUUAACUUUUUUCCACCACGGAAAAAUACUGUAAACAACCGCGUUGCUGUUACGCAUUGAAAUCUGAUUUCCACAAGGAAGUUUUACUUUUACCCUACGCUACAUCAAAAAUCGCCAAAAUGCCGUCCCGGAGUUUGAAUGUUCGGAGCAGCCUGACCUCGGUGUCGAGCGCGGGCCUGGACCGGUGGGCGAACAUGUCAACGGCCAGCACGCAGUCCUUCCGGGAGCCUUUGCCGGAACCAGAUACUUUGGACGGUGGUCUCAAGGAGGUUGCAGCUCUUGAGAGUACUAAGGCUCCUGCAGUCGGCGCAGGACCUCUCAUGAUCCCGUCGACAGUUAGUGCCUCCCACCGAUCAUUAUCGAAGAACAAGAACCAGGUUCCCGAGGGCACGCAGAGCGGGAAUUCUCGGGAGCUCACCUCGUCCGAGGAUGAGAAGUUUUCGUUGCGCAAGAACCCCGCCGCGUGGCUGAACACUAUAUGGAUUGCAAAUAUGUCUGGGUGUGGAAACUUGUGUUGCUUAUACUUGCAUUGCAAACUGGCUGCCUGUAGCUGUACGGCAUGACAGCAUGAGAAAUUUCCCUCGGCUCCCUGCGGAUUCAUUCGUGUUUAGCAUUACAAACUGCCGUCCAGCACGACAAAAAAGCUGGCAAAUGGUCUUCAUGCAUUACAGAUCUUGUUGUCCCCGAAGUCCUGCAUCACAAAUCCAGACCCAGUCAUAUUUGCAACGCAUACACUACGGAAAGAAACUACGUGGUCGGCGAAUCCCUAAACGACACCGCGUCCGCGCGGUUGGCCAAAGCGCACCAGAUCGUGAACAGUGAGGAGAUUCCGAAGGACCCCUUUCAUCAGCAUCUGUACACGAAGAACAACGUGGGGGUAGUUGCACCUCCGUCCUCUCAGGGCAGAUCAAGAGCGUCUGCUUCGAGUAAAGUGCCUUCUUCAUCAAAGGGUCCCCUCCACUACCCGACGACCGUGAGCACAGGGUUUGGUGUUCAUUCCGACCAAAACGCAGAUGUAGGAGUUGUUGACAGCGUAGUAGUUCUUGAAAAAACUACAAGCCAGGACGAGCAAAUGAUUAUCCCUAGCAGUGCCGCCGGCACUCUAAACCGGGAAGCGUCCCUUCCCGGCCACACCUCUCCGGCGGUGGGGCCGAAAAUCUGCACCGCGCCGCCGCCUAAUGUGCAGGUGGCGGUAAGACCGAAGAAUGAGACGGCUACUGCGUUGACCACAGCGGUGGCAGAUGUUCCGGAUUCAUCCGUGACCCAGGAUCCUAGUGCCGCGAGCACCACAGGAGCAACAGCCGCGGCGACCAAGUCUCCGCCUCUGUCCCGGGAUGUGAACUUCUACCUGAACCACCAGUCGCUCUCCGGAUCGACCGCCUUUCUGUCCGCAUCCACGCUGCGUAGCACCAACAGCGGCUCGACGGCGGCCAGUACCGCGCAAGCGGCCAUGCGACGGCGGAUUCAGAUGAAGUCCGUCUCCGGGAAGCGGAACCAGUAUGAGCAGGGAAAACUCGCCAUGAAAGACUACAACUACAACCCCGGUGGAGCAGGGGCCGCAGGUUCUGCUUCUACCUCCGGAUCUGCAGGUAGUGGUCGAGGACAUCUGCCCCUCCGCAAUCCGAACGGCGGGGGGCUCGGGCAACUGCUCGUCGGGAGUCAACAACAACAGUUCUAUCAGAAGAAGGGAAACUCCGCGCUGACGCACCAGCACGGGCCCCAGCCGGCGCUCCUGGCGGAUAUGGCCAAGGCCGCGGCAGCGGCCAAGCAGGAGAAAAAGAAUAGUACUUCUACAACAAAUUGCAGCGCCACUGGUACAACGACCGCUGCAACCGCCACUUCUUCGUCUUUCAAAAUGUCGCAAGUGGAUAGCAACACUGCUGCACCAUCUGCAGCUCCGCAGAGCUAUAGUGCAGGUUCCUCGUCCCCAGCAAAUGCACAGGCUAUGUCGAGCAGCUCCACUGGCGUGAAUCAUAUGCCGGAGAUCACGAAGCCGGUGCCUCGAAUCAAGGAGGGCGAACCCAUUCCGACAGCCUACGUUCCGGGGCCGAAUGGGGAUUUGAUCCCGGUGUACGCGAGUAUGGAGGAGGUGGAGCGGGCGAAGCAGAAGAAGGGAACGAGUAAGGAGCCGAGUUCGAGUGGCGAAGAAGGUGGUCGUGGUGGAAAGAACAACAAGAAGAACCCAGCUCCUGUGACGACGUCAAGUAGCUUGGAAAGCGCAAGAACUAGCUUGGAGGACAGUGUUGAGGAAGUGAAGCAGCAUAAGGGUGACAGUAGUAGUCAUCACGCUAGUAGUAUCCAAGAAAAAAACUGUGUUGGUGUAACUUUCUUCUGCUGACAGCGUCUUCACACAUUUGCUCUCCAUGACAGAGAAAACCUGUGAUGCGUGGCUCAUACGGGAAAUAAAACACACAUGAAGAGAGGACUUUAUGGCUGUCUAUAAUUUUGUAAACAGAGUUACUACACUUACGCAGUUGUUUUCUUGCAUAACUUGCAACCACCACAACAACCGAGGUAACAAGAAAAAUGGUGCAAAACACCAGCAGCAGGGUGGGGGAAAUAACAAUAAGGGCGCCGGCGCCUCCGGGGGGAAACACCACCAGCAGAAGUAUAUGCAACAGCACCAGAAGCAAAAUUUUUACAACGCUCCUCCGACAGCAUCCCCCACUCACGCCCCGGCUCCUGGUAAGAACCAGGACGAGUUAAUGAUGCAGCAGCAGCAGCAGCAGCUUCUGUUGCAGCAGCAGUACGCCGCAGCUCUGGUGGUUUCGCAGCAGUACGCAGCGGCCCGGGCGGCCCACGCGGCGGCGGCCAUGGCCGCUGCAGCUACUGGUCCGUCGUACUACGAUCCUGCGACCGACGAUCCGAUGAUGUACCACCAUCAUGCGGCGGCCACGCAUGGCUAUGGUUCUUACGAUCAUCCUACAGCUGUAGGUGUAGGAGGUCCAUCUUACGAUGGUGCAGGCUAUGAUGACAGUCCUCAGCACGAUGCUCUUGUUCAUCAUCCCUUGGGUGGAGGAGGUCCUGCGUAUGAGAACAUCAAAGUUCCUAAAGCCGUCACUUUUGGCGACCUGCCACCCUCGUCGCUGGAUGGUGAAGGGAAAGCGGGAGGAGCCGCUGUCUCUGGUGGACGUGGUGGCUCUUCUAGUGCGAGCAGAAACAGGGGCAAGAACAACAACCUGAUCUCCCGUCUGCCUCCAGGACUAGAGGUGGUUUUUGAAGAGUCGGAGAGUUGCAGCGGCCGCUCCUCUUCCUCGGCAGCUACUACCUCCGGCAGUCCGGCAGAUCGCGGUGCUGCUACGAACGCUUUGCCGUCGCCGACACAUAAUAUCAUCCCAGAUGAACAACACCAGUCUGCUCUGCAGGGCAACGUGACCAGUAGUCCCCCGACGACCAACAUGCGGUUGCCGCCUGAGCUGCCAUCUUGCCUUACCCAGCUAAAGAACCGGCAGAGGUAGAAGUUGUGAAUGACUUUCACUUUUCUUCUUCGAUUGACAUUGAACGCAAAAUCUAUGUAUCUAUAGUUGUACUCUAUCCAUAACUAUUCUAUAACUCCACCACAUAGGACAGGAAGAUAAAACCUCAUUUUCGACGACGGCCGAAGUCAGGAUGAAAAAUGAAAAACAAAAACAACACAUGCAAUAGCAACAAGUACAUGAACAUCAUCACGGUUGAAAAUCGGAAAUAAAACUUUUGCCUUUUCCUUCGUUAAAAAGAGGAAAGAGAGAACCCCGGAAAAGGAAAAACGAGACAGACCAUGCGGUCUGAUGUUGUUGAAAAUGCAGUUAUAGUUACUAGUUUUUUCAUCUUCUCGAGUUGAACAAAUGUAGGAUUAUUUUUUACAAGAACAAACCAAGUACGGACGAAAUUGCGCAUAAAAACAGGCAACUACUAGUACACCACUCUAAUUUGUGGUGUUGCGGUUGUUUUUUUCUUCAUAGAAAAUGAGCUACAUAUGGUUUUUCAUCAUCAUCAAUCAUCUGCGUAUUAAGGAUUUUUUACAGUGCAUAAUGUUCUCUGACCGCCUUCUUGUUGUACUAAAGAGGCUACUCAAUAUGGAUUGCAAAAAUGUCUGGGUCUGGAAGGGAUGUAACUUGUCAUGCUAAAUCUGAAUCAUAUUGCCAAAAGCUGUCCACUUUUGACUUAAGCGACAGGCAGUUUCUCAUGCAGGAUAGGCAUGAUAGAACUCUCACAGAAUCUGUAAUGCUAUGUCCUACAUACCAGGCCUCGCGGGUCAUGGAAAACCUGCAUGACAAGCCUGGCAUUCUUCCAGACCCAGACACUUUUGCAUUUGAUACUCCCUGCGGCUGCACGACCCGCUGAGGGAAGCCCAGCCGCAGCUUGAUUGUGGACUUUGGUUUAUGAUACAAGAAGACCAAGGCAUCGCUCUGCAGAGCAGGUGAGCUGCAGAAGCAGUAUUUAUGAACGUAUUCAUAAACUAUGCAAAAUAAGUAGUAAAACGACCAGGAGAUGAACCAAACCAGUUCGAAGACUUCUUGGAAGCAAAUCUUCUUCGAGUGCGAUACUUUUGCACAGGAUAUGA